CUUAUUCAUUCAAAGUGUACUAUGGCCAUUAGCAGCAGAUUACGUUUGAUUUUGAAACUCUCACGUCAGCUGGAGCAGGACAAUCAAGAAUUUAAUAAAUGGUCAGUAAAGAACUCUAAGGCUACGAAGCCCACACAAGAAGCUACAACUACGUCUACAGACAAAUAUAUCUUUGCUGUAGAUACUGAAACAUUUUCAGUUGCAGACACCUUGAAAACGCCUACUUUACCUAUUAAUCUCACCAGAUCAACUGACUAUGUGGGAAAAUUAGUCUUUCCUGGUAAUAUGGACACCUGCGCAGUGGCUUCAAAUAUAUCGUCUGGUGAGGGUAAUACCAAGGAGAACAAUGGUUCUGGGUAUUGUAGGAGAACUUCGAAUGAAGGUAUACCUAAAUCUAGCUAAUGAAAUAUUUUUUACAAAACAAUUUUUUUAGGAAGUGAAUGUACAAAUAGUGAGGGUGAACCUUAUGGAUCAGAUGACUCGGUAGCUGACCCUGACUUUAUAGCAUCCGAUGGCGCGGUACCAGAUAUAGAAAAUAAUCCAAGCUUGACGAACAUUGAGGCCGAAUAUCAAAAUGAAACAGU